GAUGUACAGCGAUGAGGAGUCGAGCCGACUGCUGGGGCCAGACGAACGUCUCCUGGACAAAGAUGACAGUGUCAUCGUGGAGGACUCCUUGUCGGAGCCCUUGGGCUACUGCGAUGGAAGUGGACCAGAGCCUCACUCCCCUGGCGGCAUCCGGCUACCGAAUGGCAAGCUCAAGUGUGACGUCUGCGGCAUGGUCUGUAUCGGCCCCAACGUGCUCAUGGUACACAAGCGCAGCCACACGGGGGAAAGACCCUUCCACUGCAAUCAGUGUGGCGCCUCCUUCACACAGAAGGGGAAUCUGUUGCGCCACAUCAAGCUGCACUCCGGGGAGAAGCCCUUCAAAUGUCCCUUCUGCAACUACGCCUGCCGCCGGCGUGACGCACUCACAGGCCACCUCCGCACACACUCAGUCUCCUCCCCGACCGUGGGCAAACCCUACAAAUGCAACUACUGCGGCCGGAGCUACAAGCAGCAGAGCACCUUGGAGGAGCACAAGGAACGAUGCCACAACUACCUACAGAGCCUCAGCACCGAAGCCCAGGCUCUGGCUGGGCAGCCAGGUGAUGAAAUGCGAGACCUGGAGAUGGUGCCUGACUCAAUGCUGCACUCCUCCUCCGAGCGGCCAACAUUCAUUGAUCGCUUGGCCAACAGCCUCACCAAACGCAAGCGUUCCACCCCCCAGAAGUUUGUAGGAGAAAAGCAGAUGCGUUUCAGCCUCUCCGACCUCCCCUAUGAUGUGAACCCCGGCGGUGGCUAUGAAAAGGAUGUGGAGUUGGUGGCGCACCACGGCCUGGAGCCUGGUUUUGGAGGUUCUCUAGCCUUUGUGGGUACAGAGCAUCUGCGUCCCCUCCGCCUCCCCCCGACCAACUGCAUCUCGGAACUCACACCUGUCAUCAGCUCUGUGUACACCCAGAUGCAGCCCCUCCCCAGCCGACUGGAGCUUCCGGGGUCCCGAGAAGCAGGUGAGGGACCUGAGGACCUGGGAGAUGGAGGUCCCCUUCUCUAUCGGGCCCGAGGCUCUCUGACUGACCCUGGGGCAUCCCCCAGCAAUGGUUGCCAGGAUUCCACAGAUACAGAGAGCAACCAUGAAGAUCGGAUUGGCGGGGUGGUGUCCCUCCCUCAGGGUCCCCCACCUCAACCUCCUCCCACCAUAGUGGUGGGCCGGCACAGUCCCGCCUAUGCCAAAGAGGACCCCAAACCGCAGGAGGGGUUAUUGCGGGGCACCCCAGGCCCCUCCAAGGAAGUGCUUCGGGUGGUGGGUGAGAGUGGCGAGCCCGUGAAGGCCUUUAAGUGUGAACACUGCCGCAUCCUCUUCCUGGACCACGUCAUGUUCACCAUCCACAUGGGCUGCCACGGCUUCAGAGACCCUUUCGAGUGUAACAUCUGUGGUUAUCACAGCCAGGACCGGUAUGAGUUCUCUUCCCACAUUGUCCGGGGGGAACAUAAGGUGGGCUAGCGACCUCUUCCCCCGGGCCUGUCCUCAGCCCACCGCUCCACUGUCCCACCUACAGGUGUCUAGCCCAAUUCCUGUUACACCCCAAGGAGUUCUGCAUCCACCGACCACCUCACUUCACACUUGACUCAGACCCUCUUUGCCUGUUCCCUUCUCCCCUGGCUGAUGUAAGCAUUGUGACAGACGAGUCUUUUUGCUUAUAUUUCUCCUUCUGAACUCUUCUCUCCCGGCAUUUUUGCUGUUUAUUAAUGACUUUUCCUCGACCUUUUUAAAUGUACCGCGGUCUCUGGCCACUCCUUCACUCUCCUGCUUCUGGCUCCCGUCUGCUCUAAGCCUAGAUUUUUUUUUUCCCCUUAUGGAUUCCCACCUCCUCCAAUAGCCCCAGGGGUUGGAAGCUCCUCUUUGUACUUAGAGACAGGGAGCUUCUUGCUUUAAUCCUGACCCUUAUUAUCUGACUCUUCACUUUCGAUGUUGAUACCUCCCAGUGGCCCCACCUUAGCUCUGUGGCAUUAUUAUCUCCUCUCUGGGACCCUUCUACCUGGUACUUCAUACCUCUGGUAACCCUCUCACUCCAGGCAGCUUGCACUAUAUUCUUAAAUGAAUGAAGAAUUUCCUCACUGGAAGUAGGAGGGGCUGUAGAAACUCUCCCCAGGAACUGUGGACUGAGGGUCCUCUUGACCUCACCUGGGAAUACGAGCUCCCUAAAGCCUCCAUUCAGGGCCUCCCUCCAGGAUGUGAUAUCGCUCUUCCCUCUCCCCGGCUCACCCCUCAACACCACUCUGGUCUCAACCUGCCACUCCCCUCAGUGGUGGCUUUUCUCUUCUUGCAGUGCCCCCAUUUUAUAUUCUCAGGGGCUAAAGCCAGGCCUGCAACCCUGUCUGACGGACCGCGAGCUGCAGGUGCCUAGCUGAGAACCAGGGCACGGGAAAGGGGGUGGGUAGAAAUCUCUCCUCCACCUUUCAAACUUUUUCACUCCAGUGACCUUCCUAGGCUCUCAGGGACUCCUUCUGUCCCCAUUUUAUGAGAAACUGGUGGGUUGCCGCCCAACAACCAGGGGUCUCUCAGCCCCAUCAGUCACGCUGCCUUUUUCCUCCCCCUUCUAGCAGGAUUCACCGUCUCAUUCCCAGGCUCCUGGGCCCUGUUGUUAUCAGUGGCAGGGAGAAAGGAAUGUCUCUUUUCUCUCUGCUAAUUUUCAGUAUAACCAAAAAUUGUCCCAGGACAAAUGACAUGUAUGUGCCCACCGCCCUUGUUCCAGCAAGAAUGGGAUGGACGCAACUAACAGGGCGUCAUCCUUCACUGCCCUUCCAUGCU